GCGCGCGGGGAGCGCGGCCCGGCCGCCGCUGCCGCUGCUGCCGCUGCCGCCGCCGCCGCCGCCGCUGCCGCUGCUGCUGCUGCUGCUCCCGCUGCAGCCGCAGCCGCCGCCGCGGGAAAAGGGGCCGGCGGGAAGCGGGGGAGCUGGAGCCGCUGGGGCCGGGGCCUGGGCCGCGCGCCGCCCCGCGCGCAGCAUGGUCCUGGUGCACGUCGGCUACCUGGUGCUGCCCGUCUUCGGCUCCGUGCGCAACAGAGGUGCUCCUUUUCAAAGGUCUCAGCAUCCCCAUGCUACCUCCUGCCGCCACUUCCACCUGGGUCCCCAGCCUCAGCUUUCGGCCGACUUCGCCCUGCCUCACGCGGUGCAGCCCCAGCCGGGGCUGACCCCCCACAUGGCCCCCGCGCACCAGCACAGCGGCCCCCUGCACCAGUCCCUGGCACCAGUGCCAGCCCUGCCCUUCCAAGACGUGGCCGGACCCUCCUUCCUACCUCAGGCGCUACACCAGCAAUACCUCCUCCAGCAGCAGCUCCUUGAGGCCCAGCACCGCCGGCUCAUGCCCCAUCCCAGGCGGGCUCAGGAGCGCAUGUCCGUUCAGCCCCACCGCCUGCACCCCAGCUUUGAUUUCAGCCACCAACUGCAAACUCCACAGCCCAUGGGGCCCCAGCCCAGGUAUUUAGCCGAAGGCACGGACUGGGACCUCAGUGUGGAUGCAGGCCUGACUCAUGCCCAGUUCCAGGUCCGGCCGGUCCCUCAGCCCUAUCAGCAUUACUUGGCCACACCUCGGAUGCACCACUUCCCCAGAAGCACAUCCUCGACACAGAUGGUUGUUCAUGAAAUCAGAAAUUACCCUUAUCCUCAGCUCCAGUUACUUGCUCUUCAGGGACUGAACCCAAGCAGGCACACGUCGGCUGUGCGGGAGAGCUAUGAAGAGCUGCUGCAGCUGGAGGACAGGCUGGGCAGCGUGAGCCGUGGUGCCGUGCAGAACACCAUCGAGAGGUUCACCUUCCCCCACAAGUACAAGAAGAGAAGACCGCAGGAGGGCAAAGCUGAGCAGGAGGAUGGAGAGGAGUCGGACACUGAUGAGAAAUGCACAAUCUGUCUGUCCAUGCUUGAAGAUGGAGAAGACGUCAGGAGGCUACCUUGCAUGCAUCUCUUCCACCAAGUGUGCGUGGACCAGUGGCUGGCCACCAGCAAGAAGUGCCCCAUCUGCAGGGUGGACAUUGAAACACAGCUCGGCUCGGACAGCUGAAAGGACUGGCUGGACACACCAUUUUCCUUAUCAGGAAAGGAGAAAUGCGGAGGAGCCAGGGGAACAAGUCCUGAACUUUAUAUAUUUAUAAUGCAGAUGCGGCGGAGCUGAAUUUUGGCUCCCUGAGCACCCAUUCUGCUGGAGCCAAGCGAUGCUCUCCACGUAGAAAUGAUCAUAAAUUACCAUCUGGGAGAUUGCAGGAUUCCUGUGAGCUGUAACAGGAAAACACCGACCUCGGAGGACCCACAGAGAUUAUUAGUAUUUUUAUUUUUGCCAACCUGCUGAUGAGAAUGAAGGAGGGGGUGUGGGGCUGCUGGAGACUUCCUCCGCUCUCACUGUGCUUGUGCAGGUAGAAGGGAGUGCAGGGGGGACACAGUGACGUAUAUUUGUUUGGUGACAUUUAUUUGCCACCUGCGAGAAAUGGUUUCACAGGGGAUACAGCAGUCCCAGCCCUAAUGUCUGGAGUGAUGUGGCCUCGUGCAGCACUGGGACAUAGGGGGCUUGCUCCAGCAGCAGCAGAUUCAAGCAGCAUUAAAAAUAAUCCUAAUGCUACCGAUAAUACGGACAAGAAAAGCGAGAUGUUGUUCAUAAAGCACACUGUAAGCCGGUCUGGUGCACCCAGGCGUGAGCUGGGGGUGAAGCAGGGGAGGAGCUGGGCAGUGGGACCCUGGCUGUGCGGGGAGGGAAGGAGGAGCGCUUCCGAACCGCGCGUUUUCUUAAAGUCUAUGCGGAAGUAUUACUAUUUGCCUAACGAACAAGCACAGUUUUUAGAUAUAAAAGUAACAAAAAGACAAAAAAAUCUGGUGAAGAAAAGCACCAAACUCCCGUGGUCUCGUGUGAGUGACUGAUCCUGAGGUGCGUGAGAACCUACAGCGUGCGGAUCUGCAGCGGUGUGUCAGGUUCCUGUUUGCGUUGAAAUCAUUUCUACGAGUAGGUCGCGAUGAUAGGAGGAGUUAAAAAAAAAACAAAAAAAAAACAAAAAACCAACAACAAACAAAACAAACGAAACAAACAGAAAAUCUCUAGGAACAAAACAUUGAUAGUUUACAGGGUUUUGUGAGUUUAAAUGCCUUAUAUUUAACAAUCAUAAUUUAUGACUAACUUGUAGAUAUUGUGGGUUCUUAUUUAAUUAUUUUUAUAGUUGUUUUUUGCAUUUUUAAUUAUAAUUUAUUUAUUUAGAAAUUAAUACUAAUUUUUUUUAUUACUCCUAUUACCUCAUUUUUGCAUUGUUUCUGGGAAUGGAAUGCUUUGCAUGCGUCGGUACUUAAAAAGAAAUUAAACAUGGGAUGUGGGGGUAAUGCUUAUCUUGUCAAAAAAAAAAAGAAAAAAAAAAGAAAAAAAAUCAGGGUGUGUGAUUACAAACUGUAUUACUGUGGUGCUGUUACCUUGGAUACAUUCCAUAAAAAUGCAAACCUUUGAUUCUGUAUGCUGUGACAUAGUGGAAAACUGCAAUAUAGUGACUGUGUUUAGCACAUAUAUAUGAAUAUUAUUUGCACUCAUAAUCAAACUCUGGUGAUCCUUUCACUCAUGUCCUUGUCCAUUGAAGGCGGUUCGUAGUGCCCUGAAAAACCAAAAUUUCAGUCGAUUCCUGCCGCCGCACUGUCACAGUGCCUGUGGUGAUGCUCCUGCCCUCGCUGCAUGCGUUACCUGCAAUAACGCCCAGUGGGCCCCGCUGCAUGGCUGUGCUUGGGGCACUGCAUGUAUUUGGUGUGUGACUCUGCAAAUUGCUUCAAAAAAAUGUGGAGGGGAGCCCAGGUGCUGCGGCUCUGUUGGCUUUUCGGUGCCUGUCGGGUGCUUGGCCUGGCUGCAUGCCUCCUGCUGAGCCAUCCCCUGCAUGCACCCAGCUGGGAGCUCCGGGGGACGCAGGAGGGAAAUGGUGGAGCCUGGGCUUGGACACUACAAAACCAAGGGUCUGCCAGCAGUUUUUAGGAGAUGACCCCCUCCGUCUGGUUUUGCAUGGAGGACAUAUGGUCCCCAUGGCGUGGUGCCGUCAGGGCAGGGUGGUGGGACCUCAGCUCCUUCGCAGCUCCCAGACGGGGCUGGGAAAUGGGGGCUGGAUGGACAAUUUGGGAUCCAUUUUUCACACCAGGCCUUGAGACUUGGCUAUAAUCCAGCUGUAAAACAUGCCUGGAACAGAAACUCUCAAAACUAACCUUCUUGUGAACCUUCCACUUGCUUUCAGCCCCUCUGUUGGGGCAGAAACCUUGAUUUAAGGCUUGUUGAACUGCUGUAGGGCUGCGAGAGGCACUGGAACCCUCCUGCGUUGUUCCCCCCGGGUCACCUCCCAGGGGACCAGCCCUGGGCUGAUGUCCUGCUCCUGCAGCAGUGGCCAAGCAUCCACGUCCCCAUCCCCAGCCACGACUGCACCGCUGCUAACACGCUGCCCUGUCCUAAAGGCUCCUGAAUAUCCAGUGCUUGAGCCAUGCAGGAGGGUUUUAAAGCACCCUGGAAAACAUUUUAAGCUUUAAGCCAUAACUGCUGUGGGUGAGUGCAGAUGCUCGGCCGUGCACGAACGCAGAAGCAGGGCUCGAUGCGUCCCCACCCCAAAAGGCUUUGGAAGCAAUUCUCUUUUGGGGCAGGAAGGCACGACAUGACUGUACCUUCAUCCUUCCUCUUCGUCCCUUCAGGGUGCUGCUCUGCUUUGCUGCCUUUGCCUUACCCUGGGUUUCCACGUCUUCCCUUGCUGCUCUGUAACUUUCCUCCCUUAAACUGUGUUUUUGGGCUGUAUGGGGAUAGGGGCCGGGUGUCACCCCACAAAGACACCAUCAGAGGGACACGUAAAACAUGGGGCAAGCAGACAGAACUCUUCCCCUUUAAUGGCCCGGGCUGGUGAAAGGAUCACCCACAUUUUUGUACUCCUACUGCUGUUCUGUUGUGCUGUGCAACAUUUUGCUACAUAGACUAUUUUAUAGAAGAAAGCUAGAAAAAUAUUUAUUAUUAAUAUUAAAGCAAUAGUGCAUUGAAGAAAUGAAAAGACAUUAGAAAUUGUGUAAAUGCUUAGAUUCACUUUUGGUGGAUUUUUUGUACUUUAUUUAUAACUAAUAAAAUGAACUGCAUUGC